GAAAGCCAGGGCGCAGUUUUAUUUUCAACUUGGAAAGAAACACUAGUGACUUAAACAGCAUGAGGGCUUCAUCUUAUACCCAGAAGAGCUUACAGGUCAGCAGCUCUUCUGGCAGGGUAAGGGUUCAGAGCCCAUCACCUUCCCGGUGCCGUGGAUCCUCCUAUGACAACCGUGGGCGCUCAGGGUUUCAUGGAACCGCUGUUGAGCUGGGAACAGAGAUACACCAGCAACAUGCCAAUGAGAAGGAGGAGAUGCAGGAACUCAAUGUGAAAUUUGCAGGAUACAUCGCAAAGGUUCAGGCCCUCGAGCAGAGAAACGCAGCACUGCAAGCCGAGCUGGCCGCUCUGCAGGACCGCUACAAGGGAAGCCCGGGUGGCAUCAGUGAAGAAUACGAGCUCAAGUUCAAAGAAGUGCGGGAGCUGAUUGAAACCCUUACCAAUGAGAAAGGAGCUGCUGAUAUUGAGCGAGGCUACAUCGAAGAGGAGGUGGAGGUGUGGAGACUUAAACUGGAGGAGGAGAUGGCACUUAAAGAAGAAGCAGAGAUGAUUCUGAGGGAGUUUCGUCAGGAUGUGGACAGCGCCACGCUGCAGAAGGCUGAGCUUGAGAAGCGCAUAGAACAACUAGUGGCGGAGAUUGAGUUUCUCAAGAAGCUCCAUGAUGAAGAGGUAGCCGAUCUCAUGAAGCAGAUUGAGGACUCAAAGAUUACAGCUGAGUUGGACGGUGAUCGUCCUGACCUGGCUGCUUACCUCCGCAAUAUGCGUGCAGAAAUAGAAGCUGUCGCUGCCCGAAAUGUCCAAGAGGCUGAAAAGUGGUACAAGAAUAAGUUUGACACCCUCAAGGAGCAUGCAGGGAAACACGAAGAGCACAUGAAGACCAUGAGAGAAGAGAUCGCAAGCUACCACAAUCAGGUAUCAGACCUACAGAACCAGAUUGACGCCCUUAGAGCUCGCAAUGCCGCCCUGGAACAGCAGCUGGAGGAAAUGGAGAUCUCCCACAUGGACAAGGUGGGAGGUCUGGAGAGCGUCAUUGCUCAGCUGGAGGCUCAGCUCUGUGAAACCAAACUGGAGAUGACCAAGUAUCUGCAGGACUACCAGGAACUGCUGCACAUAAAGCUUAAGCUGGAUGCAGAGAUCGCCACCUAUCGAAAGCUGCUGGAAGGAGAAGAGGAGAGGCUUGGAAUUGCAAAAGAUAAUUAAAAUCCGGAAUGAGAGCUGUGAAGAAUCAGGCCUGGUUCAGAAUGGCUAUGAAGAGAACCUACAAUACAACAUGGAGCAGAGAUCACCUCAGAAUUGUUAUAAAAACUAUAAAAUGUCUUAACCAAAGGUCUCUGUAUUGUGUGAUAUUAUAACAGUAGAAAUAACAAUAGUUCACAUAAAAGUUUUAAUUACUUUUUUUGUUAGGAAUUGACUUAAAGAAAAAUACUGCAAAUCUAACUAAAACCCGUAUCUAUGCAUAGUUUUGGAUCUAUUAGGCCUGAUCAUGUCCAGCUCCUGUAUAAUUCAUGCUCUACUCCAUUAUGCAUUAGCUUGCUACCAUCGCUGCUGUCCUCUGUCUUUCCUGAAAAAUUUCCCAUUAUUUUCAGAACUCAUCCUUCUUCUUUUUCACUGUCUCUCCUACUUGUCUUGUUUCGUCUUAUAUCUGGGUUUGGCAGCCCUCAUAUCUCCUUGCUCAUUCCCCUUUCCUUUACUUCAGGCCUUCCAGAAGUCCUGCUAAAUUUACUUUCCCUUUUUUCCCUGCCAAGUCAGCCCCGCUGUCACUCCUCUGUGCUCCAGUCUCUCACUUUUUGUCAUCAGUCUGCUUCCUCCUGUCAAAGUUUUCCUCCCACUUUAACUCUUACCUUGGUUCAAAUGAGGAAUGCCGGCCUGACGGAUUCUGAAUGUUUUGACAAGAAACAACCUUUGACCAUUUUCACUAAUGUUUACCAGCUGUUACUCAAUAAAGUCUUAAGAGUGCAUACACAACAAUGG